UCUGAUCGUGGCAUCUUCAUCCUCUCUUCACUGCUCUACCUUUACCUGACCAGCACUGAGGACAGUCCAGACAUGGCUACUAGCUCAGGAAUCAUAAUGAAUAACGAGGAGCUGAGGAUUGUGGUUUCGGGGAAGACCGGGACUGGGAAGAGCGCCACAGGAAACACCAUCCUGGGUCGAGAGUGUUUUGAGUCAGUGUGUUCUCCAGCCUCUGUGACUGUGGAGUGUUCAAAAGGCAGAGGUACAGUGGAUGGACAGAAGAUUGUUGUUGUCGACACUCCAGGCCUGUUUGACACCAGAUUUGAUGAAGAGAUGUUAGAGAAAUUAAUCAAACAGUGCGUCACAGAUGCUGCUCCUGGUCCUCACGUGUUCCUGGUGGUCAUCAGGGUGGGUAGAUUCACUGAAGAAGAGAAGAAGACGGUGGAAAGGAUCCAACAAGUCUUUGGUGAGGCAGCAGAUAGAUACACCAUGCUUCUCUUUACUGGGGGGGACCAGCUUGAUUCAACCAUUGAGGAUUUCUUGGAUAGAAGUCGUGAUCUGCAGGAGCUCGUGGCCCGAUGUAACGGUCAUUAUCACGUCUUCAACAACAAGAGCAAAGGUCGCUCCCAGGUGACUGAGCUGCUCCAGAAGAUCAGAAAUAUGGUCCAGAAGAACGGAGGGAGUCACUACACCAACGAGAUGUUCCAGGAGGCUGAGAGGAAGAUUGAAGAGGAGAAACAACGGACCCUGAAAGAGGAAGAAGAAAAAAAACACAAAGAAGAAGAAGAACUUCACAGGAAAAUAAAGCAAGAAUAUGAAAACAAGACGAGGGAGUUAAAAGAGCAAAUCCAGGCUAAGAGAGAGGAGGAAGAGGAGAAACAACGAAUCCUGAAAGAGCAGGAAAAGCAAUUCAAUAAAGAAAAAGCAGCUUUAGAGAGGAAACUAAAGCAACAACAGGCAAAAGAGAGGAGGGAGUUCAAAAAACAAAUCCAGGCUGAGAGACAGAGACAGAAGAGGGAGAGA